CGUAAGUAUCAACCGGCUGCGUAGGUAUGCAUCGUUCUUAACUCUUUCUCUUUCUCUUCCAUCGCUGUAUGUAACACGGCUUCCGUACGUAACACAAACUAGGAAUUCAAUCGUUACUUUAUUAUCGAUUUUCUAACGAUGUAACGACCUCGUAUCGAAAUUUCGCUCGUUCGAUAUGUAUCGAUCUCGAUACCUUGAAGAUCCUUCGUUAAAAAUGCACGCGGAUUCUAAUGAAUGCUUUUACACCAAUCGUCGCAGAUAAUCAAGACGCAAAUAACUCGAGAAGAAACCGAAUUUAUAAUCGAAUACAUAAUUCAAAAGGUCGAUAUGUAUUCUAUUCUCAAGAUGCACUUGUGACUUAACUUUAACCUAAAAUUGAUGUGAUGGUCAUUUCGUCAAGUAAACAGUAUGGCAGUAAAUCUCCCGAGUUCUUCCGGAGUGCUUGAAAAUUUUUCAGAAGUGGAGAGAGGAGGACGCGGCAAGGAUAUAGCAAGACAAACAAUUAACUCUACACAACCACACAUUUACAGCUGCCAGGUUUUGCGAGCAAUGAACUUACGGGAAGUACUCACUCGCAUCGUGCCAAGAUGUUAUGUACUACGAAUGUACAUUGCUAUAACUUAUAACGUUAAUACUUAUAAUGUCAAACUACUGUAACUCUUGUUGCUUUAUAUUUUAUUAAAAAUAUAGUUUAUUUCUAUUAUUUUCUAUUAAUUUAACUAAAGAGGGACAGAUAUAUUCUACUUUGUGCAAUGUUACAUUUAUUCGAAACAUACAAUUUUAAAAUAUACAUUUACUUGAACAUGUAACUGUUCCUAUCUUGUGUUUCGCAGAGAAUCACUCUUUCUUAUACUAAUACUAUUCUUUCUGCAUAUCUCAUUGUCAGCUCAUUGUAUACAUACUGAAAUUGCAAAUAAAAGAUAAAGGUGAAAAACAAAUAGUAUAAAAUAAAUAUGUUUGAAGCUCAAAUGUACUAUUAACUAA